AUGGUUUCAAGUAAUUUGAUUGCUAAAGCAUUAAAACCUAGAGUUUUUUCUAGUGUGAAAGAAUUAGGUCAAGAAUUAAUAAAAACUGCCAUGUUUCAUAAAAAAGGACAAUUUUUUGUAAUUAACAAACCUUAUGCUGUAUCUUGCUUAGGAUAUAAGCAAGAUCAUAACGGAAUAUUUAAGGAUUCUCGAAAAUCGGUGAAAAAGACUGAACCUGAAGAUGAUUUUAUUCUGGAAGAUAAAUCUUGUAAUGAUUUGACAAUUGAAAAGACAUUGCCUUUUCUUAAUCGCGCUUUAGAUGAGAAAAAUAUUCAUUUUUGUUUAGGAUUAAAAAAAUAUGUUUCUGGACCUGUAGUUUUACCAUGUUCUAGUGAAGAAUUUCAAAGAAUCAAAAAAUCUAUACAAUUUAGUUCAACACUCUCUACACAUGGAUACAUGAGAUAUCGUGCCCUAACAUUAUGUUUAGGUAGACCUGUUGAUGAUUUUGGAACUAUAUCUGGUAGUAUAUCUUUUAUUAAAGUUGGUAAUCAUCUUGAAUAUAUUUUUGAGGAAAAAAAAGUUAGUAGACAGGUUAUACAUAAAAAAAAUGUAAUUAAUUGCACAUUAAACUAUAAAGUAAUUGCUUGGAAUGGAGAAAUUUCGUUAAUUGAUAUGUCAUUUGUUAAAUUUAAUCGACAUGGUCCUCGAAUUAUGCUUACUCAUCUCGGUGCUCCAUUUCUUGGUGAUUUUAUAUAUUGGAAAAGAUUUAGAAAUAUUCAAGGAAAGAUGACAGAGAUUGACUUGAAAAGUCAAGAAAAAUUUAAACAAAAUUAUUAUUAUCCAGAAAAGUUAUUAGAAACUUUAAAUAUAUCAAGAACAGAUUAUAAAGACAUACCUUUAUAUUUUCAUGUGUAUGAAAGUGUUUUUCCAAGAUAUUUAAAUACAAAAUUACCUACAAGCGCAGACUUGGUUGUUAUGGCACCACCUCCAGAACAUUUUGAAGCAAUGAUUCGUAUUCUUGGUUUCAAAAAUGAAGCUAUACUAGCUAUGGAAAAUACUAAAGGUGAUUAUGAUGAAAGUGAUUCUGAUGUGAUAUCUAAACUUUAA